ACUUUUUACAAGAUCGUGUAUACUUUUUACAAGAUCGUGUAUAUGGGUAUUCAGUAUAUAGAAACAUGCUUACUUCUUUAGAUGGUAUUUUACUUGGGCGUACAGUUUUUAAAUAGAUUUUUUUAAUUUUUAAACAUAAAAUUUCUUGAGUUCAUGAUAAUAGUUUGAAAAUGUGAACGAAUGCUUACUUGUUUAGAUGGUAUUUUACUUGGGUGUACAGUUUUUAAACAGAUUUUUUAAUUGUUAAAGACGUAAAAUUUUUAGAGUUCAUAAUAAUAGUUUGAAAAUGUGAACUUUUUUCUUCGAUCCAAAUACUGAGGAAAAAAAAAUAGUUUAAUUUCCUAAUUUUGUUUGACCUUGUUUAAAAUUUUAUGUACGAGGUUAUCGCUGCAAAUAUCUUACAGCUGUUGUGUCUAAUCUCGUUCACCCGCUUAUGACUGUAAGUAUAGCUCAGGUUGGGAUCUCAGCCCCACCUCGGAUAGUCUUCAGAGAGUCUCAAGCCCUGUCCCAGCCCAUGAAUAAUGUUGACUAUGAGAGCCAGCUGCCCUCUGGCUCCUCUAAUCGGGAUUUACAGAGAUUCAUCCAAAGAUUUUUUCAAUGGAGAAUCAUGAGGAUUUCUACACUGAUUUUGCUCUCUGUGGUGGCUUCAGUGUCUGUUUUGUGUAGCAGUGCAUUUGCCAGUACAGAUUCGUCCAUCAAGGCUUCGGGGUUAGGGUUGAAGAUUGCAGAGUUUAUGAGGAGAUCUGGGUGGCCUGAUGAGGUUAUAGUGUUUAUAUUAGCUAGUCUUCCUGUACUGGAGCUGAGAGGGGCUAUUCCUGUGGGGUAUUGGAUGCAGUUGCAGCCCUUCAAAAUUUCCGUAUUGGCUGUCUUGGGAAACAUGGUGCCUAUUCCUUUCAUUUUACUCUAUUUGAAACGGAUCACAGAUUUUGUGGGAAAGAGGAGUUCUGUUGCUUCAAGCUUCCUGCAAAAUCUAGUUGAAAGAACAAGGAAAAAAGCAGGUCCUAUAGAAGAGUUCCAAUGGCUUGGCCUGAUAUUGUUUGUGGCUGUUCCCUUCCCUGGAACUGGGGCAUGGACUGGAGCCUUUGCAGCUACGAUAUUAGAUAUGCCUUUCUGGGAUGCUCUUUCUGCCAAUUUCUUUGGGGUUGUUUUUGCAGGAUUGCUAGUUAAUUUAUUGGUGAAUCUUGGAAUCAAAUAUGCUAUUGCUGUUGGAGCCAUUUUAUUUUUUGUCUCUACUGUAAUGUGGAGCUUCCUCAGGUACCUUAGGAAACCAUCAAACAAUAUUAACUAAUUGUAACCGGCUGAAUUAUAGGCAUAGAACUAUUUUUGCUCAUAAACUUUGAGCUUUUACGGACUUGUAUAACACUGCAGAAGGGAAGACUCUCCAAGGUAUUUUUCAAGAAAUAGAGUUCCAAAUAAAAAAGACUAACUGUGGUGAUAAUGCAAUUCAAAGGAAAUUUGCAAA